UUUCUUCCGGGCCCACGUGGAAGCGAGAGAGAGACCUCGCGGGGCGGCCGCAGCUUCGUGGAAGCUUCCCCCGAACAAUCUCCUCGAGAACGAGUCCCCAUUCGCGACCGAAAUCCGGGCCGCAGAGGGAGAAAAAACAAAACAAAUCACCAAGCUCCGCUCCGCACCGCACCACAGUGGCGAAGCCGCAACGUACUUGCGCCGGCCUCGCCCGUGGAACCUUCUAGAGUCUUGACGGCUGGGGCGGCAGGGUUUCUGGUCGUCGUCGUCGUCGUCGGUGUCGGUGUCAUCUCUCCUGCGAGCGCUGCCGCGGACGCGGCGGCUGGCUGGUGUCUGAUUGUCGGGCAUGGCGGUCGGGAGCUCGCCGACGCCGCCUGAGAUCCGCUCGCCGGAGCGGGACAGGCCGGAGGAUGCGGCGGGCGCGGAGGGGGAGGAGGAGGAGGAGGAGGAGGAGGAGUUCGGUGACGCCUUCGAUAUACCCCAUAAGAACGCAUCCCACGACAGCUUGCUCCGAUGGAGGCAAGCUGCUCUUGUGCUGAAUGCUUCACGUCGUUUUAGAUACACUCUAGACCUUAAAAAGGAGGAAGAGAAAGAGAUAAUAAGAAGAACGAUCCGAUCACAUGCACAAGUGAUACGGGCAGUAUUUCUUUUCAAAGAAGCCGGAGAAAAUGAUCCCAGAGAAGCUUAUACUGGUAUACAACUUCCAACUGCCUCUCGAAGUUUUCCAAUUGAAAUGGAAAAGCUUAAAACUUUAAACAGAGAUCAUGAUAGUGUUCUUCUUCAGGAAAUUAGAGGAGUUAAGGGGCUGUCAGAUUUAUUAAAGAGUAAUUUGGAAAUGGGAAUUAAUCCAACUGAGGAUGAAUUGUUACAAAGGAGGGAUGUUUUCGGUGCAAAUACAUAUCCACGCAAGAAAAGAAAAAACAUACUGCGUUUUAUAUUUGAUGCAUGCAAAGAUUUAACUCUCAUCAUUCUAAUGGUAGCUGCUGCCAUAUCUCUUACGUUGGGCAUGGCCACAGAGGGUGUCGAGGAAGGAUGGUAUGAGGGGGGAAGUAUUUUUUUAGCUGUUUUUCUUGUGAUACUUGUCACCGCAACCAGUGAUUACAGGCAAUCACUUCAGUUUCAACAUCUGAAUGAGGAGAAACAGAACAUACAAGUGGAGGUUCUUAGAGGUGGUAAAAGAUUUCGAACUUCAAUAUUUGACCUUGUUGUCGGUGAUGUGGUUCCACUGAAUAUUGGUGACCAAGUUCCUGCUGAUGGCAUCCUGAUAUCUGGCCAUUCUCUUGCAAUAGACGAAUCAAGUAUGACUGGGGAAUCAAAAACUGUUCACAAGGAUCAAAAGGCUCCGUUCUUGAUGUCUGGUUGCAAGGUUGCAGAUGGCUAUGGUUCUAUGUUGGUAACAGGUGUGGGUAUCAACACUGAAUGGGGCCAGUUGAUGGCUAACCUUUCUGAAGAUAAUGGUGAAGAAACCCCAUUGCAGGUGCGUUUGAAUGGUGUUGCUACUUUUAUUGGCAUGGUGGGUCUGUCAGUAGCUGGUGUUGUACUUGGCGUGCUUGCGAUAAGAUAUUUUACUGGACAUACCAAGAAUCCGGAUGGGACUGUUCAAUUUCGGGCUGGAACUACUGGUCUCAAACAAGGAUUUAUGGGUGCAAUCAGAAUUUUGACAAUCGCCGUAACCAUCGUAGUUGUUGCUGUGCCUGAGGGACUUCCACUGGCAGUAACAUUGACACUUGCGUAUUCAAUGCGAAAGAUGAUGCGAGACAAGGCGCUGGUGAGGCGGCUCUCAUCUUGUGAAACAAUGGGAUCAGCAACUACUAUAUGCAGUGAUAAGACAGGAACUCUCACCUUGAAUAAGAUGACAGUUGUGGAGGCACACUUUAUCGGGACAAGGUUGGAUCCUUGUGAUGAUGUUAGGGCAAUCUCAAGCAGUUCAGCGGCACUGCUUAUUGAAGGAAUUGCACAAAACACUACAGGAACUGUAUUUUUGCCAGAGGAUGGGGGAGCAGCUGAUGUUACAGGUUCACCAACUGAAAAAGCCAUUCUUUCUUGGGGCCUUAAGAUAGGGAUGGAUUUCAACAAUGUUCGGUCAAAAUCUUCAGUUCUUCAUGUAUUUCCAUUUAACUCAGAGAAGAAGCGAGGUGGUGUUGCAGUGCAGUCAGAUACCGAGGUCCACAUCCAUUGGAAAGGUGCAGCUGAGUUAGUGCUAUCAUCUUGCAAAAGUUGGCUUUCUCUGGAUGGUUCAGUUCAGCCAAUGGGUGCACAGAAGCGUAAUGAGUACAAGAAAUCAAUUGAAGACAUGGCAAAGAGUUCACUACGAUGUGUUGCUUUUGCAUAUUGUCUAUGUGAUAUUGAAAAAAUUCCGAAGGAAGACAUAGCUGAUUGGAAGUUACCUGAGGAAGAUCUGACUCUGCUUGGUAUUGUGGGCAUAAAGGAUCCAUGUCGCCCAGGAGUGAGGAAUGCUGUACAAUUAUGCAAAAAUGCUGGUGUAAAGGUGCGCAUGGUCACAGGAGAUAAUAUUGAAACAGCCAAGGCAAUAGCGUUGGAGUGCGGAAUACUAGAUGCAAAUGGUGUUAUUUCAGAGCCAUUUGUAAUAGAGGGAAGAGCGUUCCGCGAGAUGUCUGAAAUUGCAAGAGGAGAGAUUGCUGACAAGAUAACUGUCAUGGGAAGAUCAUCUCCAAAUGACAAACUUUUGCUUGUCCAAGCUUUGAAAAGGAAAGGCCAUGUUGUGGCUGUCACUGGUGAUGGCACAAAUGAUGCCCCUGCAUUGCAUGAGGCUGAUAUAGGUCUUGCAAUGGGCAUGUCAGGGACAGAAGUUGCUAAAGAAAGCUCUGACAUUAUAAUCUUGGAUGAUGACUUCACAUCUGUUGUGAAGGUUGUUCGCUGGGGACGCUCUGUCUAUGCAAAUAUUCAGAAAUUCAUCCAGUUCCAGCUUACUGUUAAUGUUGCCGCACUUGUGAUUAAUGUUAUUGCAGCUGUGUCAUCUGGUGAUGUGCCUCUAAAUGCUGUUGAGCUUCUCUGGGUAAACCUUAUCAUGGAUACACUGGGAGCUCUUGCUUUAGCAACUGAACCACCAACAGACAACCUUAUGAAGAGACAGCCUGUUGGUCGAAGGGAGCCACUUGUGACCAAUAUUAUGUGGAGAAACUUGUUUGUCCAGGCCAUUUACCAAAUAGCAAUCCUUCUUAUCUUUAAUUUCUCUGGAAAAAAGAUUCUACGGCUGCAGAAUGAAAGUCCAGAUAACGCCGAGAAAAUGAAGAACACAUUUAUCUUCAAUACAUUUGUAUUUUGCCAGAUCUUCAAUGAGUUCAAUGCGCGUAAGCCUGAGGAAAGGAAUGUCUUCAAAGGAGUAACAAAGAACCACCUCUUCAUGGGAAUAGUUUGUGUAACUACCGUGUUUCAGAUACUAAUAGUUGAAUUCCUGGGAAAGUUCUUUAAAAUUGUGAGACUUAACUGGAGUCUAUGGUUAGUUUCAGUUGCCAUUGGCGUCGUAAGCUGGCCUUUGGCUUAUCUAGGGAAAUUCAUUCCUGUUCCUGUAAGACCUCUCCAGGCCUAUUUCAAGCCUUGUUGGAAAUCAUCACGCCGAGACGAAGAGGAAGGCAGGCAGGGCUAAAAAGGCUGCAGAUCACCUAGUGUAAAUAGACAUGGGUCAGGCGAAGAACAGGAACCCGUACCGCCUCUCCCAGUGGAACAGAGCUGCGGAUUAUCUCUACUACAAGGAGAUGCAUUGAACUAGAAGCUUUCCAUGCAGGGACAGGUCAAGUGCAACCGUUGCUGUUAAUCAUUAUGGUUAUGGGGCUUCGUCGUGAUGCAGGUUAAUAUAAAUGAAAAUCCUACCUGGGAAGACAAUCAGUAACAUUGCCACGGAAGUGACUGUUUUGUGAAUGUUCGUUGACUACGGAAAGGUGACAUUUUUUAUGCAAAUAAGUUGUGGUAGCUAGGACACACAUCGUAGGCUUAGUACAGUCCUAGGUGCCUUGGGGGUGUCAGACCUUCAUUUUGUUCAGGUUGAGUAAACUAGCAAGCAAUAAGAAAGAAUUAGCCGAAAUUUCCUGGUAAA